AUGCAUACGUUGUUCGGCGAGCAAAAUGCGUAUUACAGACACGCAACGGCCGUUCCCGUGGGAAUGGGAACCCCGUCGUACCCAGGAGUGGGCGCUGCUCCUGGAUACUACGAGCAAUACCGCUACGGUGGCUACGCGACGGCGGCAGGUUACCCUGUCUCAGGUAUAACUCAACAACACAUUCACCAUCCUGGUAAGGAUAUGGUAAAACCCCCGUAUUCCUAUAUAGCUCUGAUCGCGAUGGCUAUACAAAGUGCACCUGACAAGAAAAUCACCUUAAACGGUAUCUAUCAGUUCAUCAUGGAACGGUUCCCUUAUUACCGUGAGAACAAACAGGGCUGGCAGAAUUCCAUCAGACAUAAUCUCAGCUUGAACGAGUGUUUUGUGAAGGUACCACGGGACGACAAGAAGCCAGGAAAAGGAAGUUACUGGUCCCUUGAUCCGGACAGUUACAACAUGUUCGAUAAUGGAUCUUAUCUCAGACGUCGCAGACGCUUCAAGAAAAAGGACGCCUUGAAAGAGAAAGAAGAAGCUUUGAAGAGGCAAGGUUUAGUACCAGAGAAACAACGUAAUCAAGAGGAAACGAAACCUAGUAAUAUCGUGAUUCCACCGCCGUCGGAUGCCUCUGCGAAGAAGUUAGGCACUCUGGAGACAACUUUGUGCAAACCGAAAAGGGAACCUGUGAACGAUGCAGGAAGUCAUUGUAUGGCUGUACAAGCGAAAUACGACCUUCAUAGUCCUAUACAAGAUGCGAAGACGACGGCGACGACGACGGCAGCCGUCGCGGUAGCUGGACAAAGUGUUAUACAGACAGCUCUGGGUCAUCAGGUACACCAAGCUCAUCAGGUUCAUCAAGAUACGAUUCAGGAUGUGUCCAUGGGUCUAGAUCCUACCAGCUUCAGCGUCGACGCUUUGAUGACGACGCGAGAAAACACUGCUGGCUUGAUGACCAGAGAUAAUCAGCAUCACACGCAUCAUCCUCACGGUCUUCAGCAUCCUCACCCUCAUUCACACUCGAUCAUGACGAGCAGAGAGUCGAUGGGUGCUGGUGUGGUGUCCAGGGAUCAUUUGUCGUCUGUCUGCACCACCACGACCACAACCACGGCUGCCGUCGCGGCGAUGAUGGCGACCACCGGGUACGGCCACGGCGGCACCGUGUCCAGGAGCAACGGUUCGCCGCCUGGAACGAUGUACGCGCCUUAUUGCACGCCCACGGCCGGUUACAUAAUGGAUCACGCGGAAUAUAAUUCGAGAAAUCAUAACAACACGGCGGGACACUCGCAAUGGUACCAGGAGGCGGCCAGCCCUGACGCGGCGGCCAUUUAUCAAGACACCCAAUCGCCGAGCUGUCAGCUUUACAGAUCCAGCCCACCUACUCCACUGUCGACCAGUGCGGCACCGUCUCCACCUCUGUACCACAGAUAUUAUCAAGACUGCAACACUGUCAACACCAGCGGCAAUCUACCUAUUACGUUACAUAAAUACUGAGAAUACCGAAAUUCAAGGCCUCAUCACCGGGGCCUUGAAGAGCAUC